CGAUAUCUACGCGGCCAGUGCUCGUUCGACCUUGUUCCACGUCCCACACUUGUCUCUGUUGCAUCAACUCAACUCUACACCCACCUCACUUCGCUCAUCGGACCGGCCCUCGCACAGCACACACUACACACAAUGAACCCCGCCUUCACCAACCUCGCCGUCUCGCUCGGCGCCAUGCAGAUCGCCAACCGCCUGCCCAAGGACGAGCAGACGGUCCAGUACCUCCGCGCCGGCUACAUUGGCGCCCAGGCCAUCUCGCUCCUCAUCUACUACUACGUCACGACCAAGAUCCGUGCCAAGAACGACCUGACCGUGAUCAAGUACGUCCAGCCCAAGUCGCCCAUGAACCCCGACUCCAAGGACGAGCUCGUCACCACCACAGUCCGUGACUAUGACCUCGAGGAGACGUCCAAGGCCAUGAAGGGCCUCUUCACCGGUAUCGCCUUCAUGGCUUUCCUCCACCUGUACAUGGGCUACAUCCCUCCUCUCUUCGUCCAGGCCCUUACCACCAUCAAGGGCACCCUCGAGUCGAACGAGGUCAAGCUCCACCUCUGGGGCUCCAAGCCCGAGGGCGAGCUCUCGCGCCCCUUCAAGACUGCCCCCGGCUUCCUUGAGCAGCUCACUGGCAACGCUGCUGGCCCCCAGACCGACGCUGCCUCGAUCAAGGCGGUCGAGAAGGCCGGCGGCAAGAGCGAGUAAGCAUUGGAGCAGCGCCGUCUGCCCGCAGUGCGUGCCGCUGUUCGUUGAGCGCGCGCGCGUGGGCCGGUUGUGAUGUUUGUGUGUACUUGGGUCCGACCUAGACUGUGAGGCGCAGGGCUGCAUGCGCCGCGUUCUCGAUGCAUGUAUGCUGGGCG